GUGACCGUCCCCACAGACCCGUCCCUCGAGGCUCCGAGCUGCCAGCAGCUGAGGCUGUUCGCCGGGCUGCCCGCGGGGGACGCGGCAGGGAGGGCAGUGUUGGCUCCGGCCGCUGCUCCGGGAGCCGCACGCGCUUCCCCGGGGACACGUUUAGUGGGGAAGACGUCAGUGGUGCAAAAGCCACAGACACACUGCAAAUAUCAGACGGGCUUGGAAGCAGACGUGGAAUCUGGAGACGUCGCACUUUGUUAACCGUCUGGAACGUGUCCCGUCGCUGCCACGCUGCCGGCUGCGCGGCCGAGUCGCACAAUGAGAACCCCGUGCUGCGCCCGCUUGUCACCGAGGUCACUGGCCGCGGGCUGCCUCCCUGGGCCCCCCGGAUUCUCGGAGGUGGCCCUGACCCGGCCUCGGGGCCCCGCCGGGAAGCGCUGCAUCCUGGUCGCGGGCGGGGGGCUGAGUGAGCCCGUGGGGGGGAGGUGGCUGGUGGCGCUCCGGGCCGGACUCCCCCGCCCUGUCACCCACGCCGGCUGCGCUGUGGCUGCCCCGCUUCCUCGGGCCCCGGCCCCGGUGGCUCCUGGCCGCCAGCACGACACCGUCUGCUUCCUCUUGGUUCCUUCUCGUGGGGUCGCGUCCGGGCAAGCGCUUCCAUCACAGGCUGCUCCUCUCUCUCCCCCAGUCGUGGCAGGAAAUGGCAGGGAUGCGGCGGCAUCACGCCGAGGCCGUCCUACUGCGCGUCACGUCAGACAACGUCAUCCACCGAUUUGGGCACCUGACACCCCAGCAAGAAAGAAUGAGACACCAAAGCCACGGCAAGUGCAUCUGUGCAAAGUUCAGUCGGCGUCCUCAAACGGUAUUUGUAGGUUGCCAAGAGGUGAAAGUAGACGCAAAGCCCAGCAGUGGGGAAGCCUGAGCACACGGCAGGUCCAGGGCAGACGUCCCCAGAAGACAGCGCCAGCCUCAGAACCGUCACAGUGACGGGACCCCACCGGCCACCUGGGGUCCUCGCAGCCUGGGGUUCUGCUUGUCCGGCGUCCAUGUGGCACUUGGGUCCAGUCCGGGAGCUAGGCUGCCUGGGUCCAGCUCCCAGCUCCCUCUUGCUAGCCGGGCAGCGCACACACAUCUUUAUCCCCACUAGACUCAGUUUCUCCCCUGUACACAAGCGUAACAACACCUGCUCCAGGCUCAGAACGUGACCUUGUCUUCACCGUCAGGCUGCCUGUUACUGUGCUGUGGCGAUGCCCCCACUUGGUGCCCCCUUUCCCAGGGGACAGUCCCCCUGCUGGCUGAGCCUCUCCUGUGUGGGGGCCCUACGUAUUUUUCUCUGGGUCCUGAGAGACAAGCCCACAGAGACAGACUUGACACAGGUCCCCAACGGCGUGCUGACCCACGGCCAGCUCCAGCCCCUGCAUGGGAGCUCCCAUAGCAGCCCUCUCCUCUCGACCACCUCCCUGGGCCCCAACCAGUGGCUGCACUGUCCCCCCCCCACCCCCAGUCCAGGGCUGGUGCCUGCCGCUCCCCCCCAACUCUCCCUGUGGGAAUGAGAAGAAAGCAGAUAAGGAGAGGCACUUCCAAGGGGCUGGACAGAGCUGCAGCUCGGGCUGGUGUGCAGGGACCAAGUGAUCCGUCCACACCCCACUGCCCCAGCGUGAGGGGAGUGGGGGCCAUCUCUGCCCUGGAGCCUGUGGCCCCCAUGUAGGACACACUCGAGAGAAGGGACAGAAAUGGCGGUGCCUUGGUGGGGAGCCUCCGUGGGCAGUUCUGGUGGGGGUCCCGGGAAAGAAGCAGCACGUACCCUUCGGGUCUCCCUCUGCUAUAGAA